AUGGAGCCGGAUAUCGUCAGUCGCCUGUCACUGAAAGUUUUCUCAACCAGCAUGUCCCACUCUCAACGACACGAAAUCGUUAUGUCGAGAUCCCACUCCAUCGGGGAGGCCAUUUGA